AUGAAGCACAUAUGCAACCUCAUCUCGACAACUCAGGCUCUCCGCCACGUCUUUGUCUCUCCUUCUCAAUUCAUUCGAUUUCAGCUUUUCCGUUCUACCACACUUCCCACUCUAAACCAAUCUCGUUUUCUCCACGUCAAGCGCCGGCUGUCGCCAGCGCAGUCGACCGGCACUGGGAGUCAGCCCAGAGAUGAAGAGAUCCGAGCAGAAUUUGUCCAGGUUGUGAAUGAAAACAACAGUCUGGACCCCCCGAUACGUCUUCGAGAUGUCUUGCAUACCUUUAACCGCUCCGAGAAUUACCUGCAGCAGGUAUCUCCUACCCUUCCUGGCAAGCCUCCAGUUUGCAAGAUCGUGAACCGAGUUGCAAUGCGAGAACUCGAACGGUCCAAGGCCAAAGCAGCUCAUGCGGCCAAGGCCGCAAACAAGCAAAUUGAAUUGAACUGGGCCAUUGAUGCACAUGACCUCGACCAUCGUCUAAAGCAACUAACGACCUUUUUGGAGAAGGGCCGUAAGGUUGAGGUUGUUCUGACCAGAAAGAGGGGAAAGAGGGCACCCACCGUGGAAGAAAUUAAACAUCUGAUGGAUAGUGUCAUUUCAACCAUCAAGGAAGCGAACGCCAUGCAAAUUCGGCCCAUUGAAGGAGAACCGGGCAAGCAUGUUGUGCUCAUUGUAAAAAAAGAAUGA